CACUUGACAUCUUUCGAUCUAAGAUAUCGAAAGAGAACAGUUCAAGUCCCAGUACUCCCUGCUCGUUUGACGGCAAGCACACUUACUAACGGUAGUAGCUUGUAGCUUGUGACAUCUAGCACUGUUGAUCCCUGACACCACGAGACGAAAUUCAUAGCAGGAAAGGAUAGCUUCGCGAAAUGGGGGUUGGGAUCGAAGAGGAAUGAUGAAAACGACUCACCACGAACUCUCAAGUCAAGUUAUCACGAACGCGUGUCCGGAACAGGCUGAAAGCGAGCUUCGUGUUGCUUUCUUGUAUGUCUUCGCUUCUACCUAUAGCUAGCUAGAGUUCUCUUCGAUAUAUACAGUUGGAUACUCUCGCUUGUUGCCCCUGAUCGGCUCAUUUUUUUAAACAAGACAAACAGCUAUAAGGUAGAUAAGCAAAGCAAAGCCAAGAAAUUGUCCAGCAAGGACUGCGCAAAACCAAAUCGAAACACAAGUACAAGGCUAAGAUAAGCCCCCCAAAGCAAACAAGAAGAUGAUGGAAGAUACCAAAGCAGAAGUUGGCCUCGGAGAUUUGGUCAAGGAACUGAACUCUCUUAAGCCGCACAUCAAGCCACAGGUCCCGAACCCAGCUCCACUCGGGCUGAUUGGAUUCGGCCUGACAACGGCGCUCCUUCAGAUGAAGCACACGACCAUCGCGGGAGAUUCUGAUGUCGACAAGGAAGGUGUCGAUGCGCUUACGCUUGGAUACGCCAUGUUCUUUGGUGGAUUGAUCCAAUUGGUGGCAGGUCUAGGAGAAGUCCGACGUAAUAACCUCUUUGGCUACACCGCAUUUUGCCUCUAUGGAGCUUUCUGGAUGAGUCUGGGGACAGUCGAGAUUGUCCAGCUCCUGGCCGACGAUGCGCCUGCAGUCAACCCGAAGGCACUGCAAUGCAUGCUCUUCCUUGUGGCCGUGUUCACGACCAUGCUGUGGAUUUGCACAUUCAAGAUGCACCUGACCAUCAACAUGCUCUUCUUCAUGUUGGCUUCCACGUGUUACUUGCUUUCCGCAGGUGUCCGUAAUGAAACCGUGGACAAGGUUGCAGGAUAUUUUGGUCUCGUCACUGCGGCAAUAGCUUACUGGUUGGCAGCCGCAGAACUAAUCAAUGAAAUUCUCGGAGAAGGCACCGAGAUCAUCCCAUUGGGACGCUUCAACUUCCAGUGGCUCAAUCGUACCAAGAAAGACAAAGUCAAAUGCGAGACAGCUGCCGAGGCGGUGCAAACCGUCGAGGAAGCGUAGGUGCGUCUCGAGAGCCUUGAUAGACAGCACCUUGCACAGUUUGGAUUGCCAAAUGGCUCGAGCUUGUUCCCUCCAUCCCAUGGGUUUUCGUGUUCGUGUCCCAACCAGACAGCAAAUCGGCGAUGGGCAGAAGUUGAACACUACGGCACCACCAUACGCACAACGACUACAUAAUAACACCCUGCAUAAGUAAUGAUAGAUUACAUGUUAUUCGAU